AUGCUACUUACAACACCAGUCCUCGUGGAUCCCUACUUGGUUUCCAAGUCAAAUCCCAUCGAAGUGCCAUACCGCUCAAUCAAGGUAGCCACAAUAGAGUCUGCACAGCCAGAGCUUACGGACGUACGACUCGCACAAGUGGAGACUGCAUUGAGUGUGGGAUCUCUUAAUGGCAUUCUCAAGGCACAUGGAUCUGUGCGUUUUGAGGCGGAUUGUGGAGCCUCAUUCUGCGGUUCCCGACGCGCACAUGGGCACAUACGUCAUGUCUGA